AUGGAAUCAGAACCUCAGAGGGAAAGGAUCUUACCUAAACGCCCCACAUUGCCAAAGCGUCUGACUCGAGAAGAUGGAUAUGAUUUCCGUGCUGUUCAACGCUCUCGCACUGCUGUCGGUGUUGGGACGAACUGGGGCAAGAACAUCAUCGCCCAAUACAACCCCUUCAGGCUGCUGUGGUCCAUCACUGAGCCACGCCCAUGGACCAGCCUGUGCGUUACCUGGGAGAAAAACACGGGUGUAGCCCAGGUGUGGAGGGGCAGGACUGUCAGUAUCAGGAAGAGGGUGUUUGGCCAGGUGACCAAUGGGCCUCCUGUCUUGAAAGUGUAUAAGUUUGAGGGGCAGAUAACUGACGUGGAAGUGUGGGACAGAGUCCUCUCCCCAAGCUGGAUAAUGUCCUACAUGUCUGGGUGGCAGUUCUACCCGUCCUACACCCCUGGUAAUGUGCUGACCUGGUCCAAGGCCAUCUACUCCACCAAUGGUGAGGUUCUCCUGGAGAGAAACACCUACAACUCUGACCAUCAGCCUAUCAGAGGUCAUCGCCAGCACCCAAGACCAAUGAGAAGGAAGAAAAUGAGGAAAUGUGAAUGGAAGAAGAGAGCGAGGGCAGAGCAGAUAGCGAGAACACGGCCGUAGGGGAGAGUAGUGAUUGCCACUAACCCUUACUAAGAUGUACAGUAUGUUCCAUCUUCAUGUAUGACCCAGCAAUGCUCCUUACUUGUGAAUCACUCUGGAUGAAUGUCUGCUCAAAUUAUGAUUCUGUGAUUUCCCAUGUUUGCAUUGAUGGUCCCCAGGGUCAAAUUAAGUGCUACUCUGGCUGAUGUUCAGGUUGUUUGCCCCUUGCGUCUUCCAUGUCUGUCAGCUAAAUAUCUCCGCUAGCCAAAUGUGGACGUGAGCUCACCUCGCUAGCUAUGAUAGUGCUAACCGUUAGAGCUGUGGCACCACCUCCUCCCUGACGGAAAACACAUCACACUUUAUGCUCAGCACAUAACCUGCCGGGGAAAUCUGACCCAGCAGGCAAAAUGAAAACCAAUGAAAUCAGCAGUUGUCAGGCAGGCUAGAAGCAGAAUAUCGUUACUGUUGCAUCACAUUGGAUGACCACAAGUAACUUAAGUUACAUACUGCAGCUUUAAAUGAUUGUUAAAGGAUUUAGUGUGUUGUUAAAUCAUUUUAAUGAUUGCUAGAGGAUUUAAAAGAUUGUUAAAAAUGAAGCACUUGGCAAAUUAAAAGUCAUUGGUGAGAAACGUGUGUGUUAUAUUUAUUGCAAUAGGCUUAACCUCGGUCUGUGAAACUGAUAUAAUAGAAAUUCACAUGAUUCAUAUGUUUAAGGUAAUGGUAAGUUGUAAGUCGCUCUGGAUAAGAGCGUCUGCUAAAUGACUUAAAUGUAAAUGUAAGAUCAUGACUAAAUGAUUCAUAUGUUUAAGGUAAUGGUAAGAUCAUGACUAAAAGUAUUCCACCCUGUCACUGUAUAAUGUAUGACAUUUAUUAGAAUCAUAAAACUAUAAUCUGAUGAUGUGUGUAGUUUUAGUCAGAAUUAGAACAAGGACCUUUUGUUCCUUUUUAGUAUGAAAGCAGGGUGAACGUGUGAAACAAAUGGUAAGAGGAGCUAUCGACAGACAAGCUGGACUACUGUGUUCAGGACAUUCUGUCUCCACCCGUGGAGGGGAGAAACUGUUAGGCUGGCAGAAAAUUAUGAAACCUGUUACAGAAUAAAGAAACAAUGUAUCUGUGUAGUGGAAAAACACAGACUGUCUGAGCAAGGCGUAGCUUAAGAUUUGAACUUGUUUGUGUGCAUUAUCAACACUGUGUUUGCAUUUUUUAUUUUAGAGCUCUCUCAUGAAUAAACAUUGACUCUUGUCUGUUUCAUUCAACCAG